AUGUAUUUUGUUGUAGAGCAAUGGAAAUUGAUUAAUCUAAAGCCUUGCCAACUUGGUCCAAAUUACCAACAAAACAUAGAGGAAAUGCUUAGGGACCAGGUGGAAGGUCAUUGUACUAAUAAAUAUGGUUAUGUGGUCUGUGUUAUUCGUAUAGUUCAAAAUGAUAUGGGACGAGUUCAGGAUGGAACUGCCAUGAUUGUAGUUAACGUCAAAUACCAAGCCAUUGUUUUUAAGCCAUUUAAAGACGAGGUGUUGGAUGCUAUAGUGACGGAUGUGAAUAAGCUUGGAUUUUUCGCCCAGGCAGGACCGUUGAAGGCGUUUGUGUCCAGAAAUUCCAUACACCCUAACUUUGUAUAUGAUAGUGAUUCAGCAUACCCUUGCUAUUCCGACGGGACCAUAAGCAUAAAACCUCAGUCUGAGGUAAGAAUGAGGCUUCAGGGUAUAAAGUACGAUAACUCCAAUCUUUUUGCAAUCGCAACUAUAAACGCAGAUCAUUUAGGCGCUUUUGAAAGCGACAUAGCCAACUAG